UGGUUGAUGGCUGAUGAGAGCAAGUGGUGCAUAAGUUUACAUAUGUCCAGCUGGCACCACUGGAAAUGUAUAAACACUGCCUCCACCAGCUCAUCCAGCCCAUCCACCAACGACUUACCAAGCCAAGCAUCUCCUCCUUCAUCAACACACCCACCAAGCAUCCCAUCAGGACCACCUCCACAAGCAUGGCCCCAUCCGCCUCCGCUCAACUACAGCCUAUCGUCGUCUUUGGACCAUCCGGAAGUGGGAAAUCUACUCUGAUCAAAAGACUGCAAGCUAGUCAGGACUGGCCUCAGUUUGGCUUCUCCGUCUCCCAUACCACACGUAAACCGAGAGAGGGUGAAGCGGAUGGAGUGGCUUACCAUUUCGUCAGUCGGGAGAGCUUCCAAGAAAUGGUCACCAAAGGCGAAUUUAUCGAACAUGCUGAAUUCGGUGGAAAUUGUUACGGAACUUCCUUGAAGGCGGUUUCUGAGGUAUCCGAACAUCAGAAGAAGAGAUGCAUCUUAGAUAUUGAUGCCCAAGGAGUGAAAUUGAUUCUCAAGAACCAUCCGAGCCUCAGCCCACUCAUCAUCUUUGUCUGUCCGCCAUCGAUCGAGGAGCUUCGAUCCAGAUUGGAAGCCCGAGGAACGGAGUCGGAGGAGAGCCUGAAGUCGAGGCUAGGCAUGGCCCAAAGUGAGAUCGACUAUGCCAAGUCUGGCCCUUCUGAUCUUAUCAUCGUUAAUAAAAACUUGGACGAGGCGUAUCGCAAGUUUCAUUUGGCUUGUACGGUCAAUAAAAACGAAAACCCCAGCCAGUUUCCUCAGUCCGAUCCGAUCCCAUUCUGAUCUCAUUCAUCAUCAUCAUCAUCAUCAUCAUCA